CACACUUAUUGCACUUAUUCCAAUUGGAAAGGCAACAGUGUUCGCGUCGCGGAAGAAACACGAAAGAAAUACAGCGAGAAGCACUGCAAAUGCAUUGAUUACAUUUGAAGUACAACCGCGAUUAGAGGAAGUGUCUCAGUAGACAUUCGAAUUGGCCUUACAAGUUGGCAAAAGUGUUAUAAAAGAGAAGCGCGGAGGUGUGCCAAGAGCAAAUUCUUUUGCAUUCGCUUUGAACCGCUUUCAUCGCGAGUUCCCGUUUCUCUGUGUGCGUGAGCAAAGAGCGUGUGCAAAUAACUUUUUGCCGCGUUGUCCGCCUGCUGCGAAUUUCCAACCAAAAGAGGACAGCGAGAGCUCCGCGAAGAGAGGAUCGAGUGAUCGGGUGAAUGUCGCUGAAACACCAGAAGCAAUCCUACCAACCGCUCCCAACGGCGGCCGCCAUGGACAACCCGGCGAUGAUCCAGAGCAGCGGUAGCAGUGGGAGCAGCUCCUCCGAGGAGGGCGGCAGUCGCGAGGAUGUGGCCAAUCUCUCGCCGCUCGGACUGCCUACGACCUACUCGUCACAGCAAUUGAUGCCCUCGGAUACGGACAGCAUGGAGGAGGAGCGCCACCGCCUGCGUCCCCACCACCAUCACCACCACCCACUGGGCGAGCACCACCACAUCCCGGGCAUACCACCAUCCGCCGCUGUGCCAUCGCGUCUCUCCAGCGUGGGCAGAUCGCAGUGGUUCACCGUCACCGUGCUAUGCUUCGUUAACCUCAUCAACUACAUGGAUCGCUUCACGAUCGCAGGAGUCCUCACAGAUGUCCGAACUGAUUUCGAUAUUGGCAAUGACAGUGCCGGACUUCUCCAGACCGUCUUCGUUAUCUCGUAUAUGGUGUGCGCCCCCAUCUUCGGCUAUCUGGGCGAUCGCUACUCCCGCCCCUGGAUAAUGGCGGUGGGCGUGGGUCUGUGGAGCACCACCACCCUACUGGGGUCGUUCAUGAAGCAGUUUGGCUGGUUCAUCGCCUUCAGGGCGCUGGUCGGGAUCGGCGAGGCAUCGUACAGCACCAUCGCACCGACGAUCAUCUCGGAUCUGUUCGUGCACGACAUGCGCUCCAAGAUGCUGGCACUGUUCUACUUUGCCAUACCCGUGGGAUCCGGUCUGGGAUACAUUGUGGGAUCCAAGACGGCGCACCUGGCCAACGAUUGGCGCUGGGCUCUGAGGGUCACGCCCAUUCUAGGCAUUGUGGCCGUUUUCCUCAUCUUGCUCAUCAAGGAUCCGGUGCGGGGUCACAGCGAGGGAUCGCACAAUCUGGAGGCCACUACCUACAAGCAGGACAUCAAGGCGUUGGUCAAGAACCGUUCCUUCAUGCUCUCCACGGCUGGAUUCACGUGCGUUGCCUUCGUGGCCGGUGCUCUGGCCUGGUGGGGACCUUCCUUCAUCUAUCUAGGCAUGAAGAUGCAGCCCGGCAACGAGAAUAUUGUCCAGGACGAUGUUGCGUUCAACUUCGGAGUCAUCACCAUGUUGGCGGGCCUGCUGGGCGUGCCGCUGGGCUCGUUCCUGUCCCAGUACCUGGUUAAGCGUUAUCCCACGGCGGAUCCGGUGAUCUGCGCCUUUGGGCUGCUCGUGAGCGCGCCGCUGCUGACGGGCGCCUGUCUCCUGGUCAACAGCAAUUCGGUUGGCACCUAUGCAUUCAUAUUUUUCGGGCAGUUAGCUUUAAAUUUGAAUUGGGCAAUUGUUGCGGACAUACUGCUGUAUGUGGUGGUUCCCACGCGGCGUUCUACAGCCGAGGCCUUCCAAAUCCUCAUCUCGCACGCACUGGGCGAUGCCGGCAGUCCGUAUUUGGUGGGCGCAAUCUCCGAGGCCAUCAUGAAGCACCUGCACAAGAACCCCAGCGACUCUGGACUGACCACCGAGCUGCGAAGCAUGUCCCAAGUGGCAGGAUCCGCGAUCAGCAAUGCCACCCAGGUGAUCACGGAAGCCACCACCAGUUUGAUCGAAACAGCGCGCUCGGCAGCAUCGCAGGAGUACUCUGAUGUGGAGCAGUUCGAGGGACUGCAGUAUGCGCUCUUCUCCACCAGUUUUGUGGAGGUGCUGGGUGGCAUUUUCUUCAUAUUCACCGCCUGCUUCAUCAUCAAAGACAAGUACAAUGCCACACGAGGACUGCAAAAUGCCACGGCUCAGCAACAGCAGCGGGAUGAGCGCGGUCAGAUUGCCUAAUACCAGCCGAUUCUGGAGGUUAUGCUGCGCACUCAGAGCUCCGAUGGCAUGCCGGGUGAACUGAUACUGACUGAAAACCAUCUUUAAUUUAAUUUACGGUCACUCGCACCACGCACAUCCCGCAUCGGAUCGUACUGGGCGCUUACGGGGAUGGGGACACCUUGCUCAGUUGGGCUAACAAGUCCCCGAUGUUCAUGUUCCUAUUGGGAAGGAUCGGAGGAAGGAGGAAAUGGGGGAAAGGACCACCAUGCCAACACGUUCAAGCACGCCACACCGAUUUGUAGAUAUAUAUACAAACAAAAUCAAAAACUCUCACCCAGGCACUCAAUCACUCACCAAGUCAUAACAUUACACAGAUCAUUUUACUUGUAAACGUCAAAGGUCUUGGGUACCCAGGAUACCUUGCUUCAUCCACGUAGUCGUAGAUAGGUCUAGCUCUGGUAUUUUAGACUAAAUCAAAGUUAGCAAGAGUUUCAAGCGGACUCGCAUUCGAAGAAGUGCUCCCUCAGAUCGGAUAAUGUAAAUAGAUUAUCUCUGGCAUCGAAUGCGUAGGUCGUGCAGUUUGGAUAUUUAUAUUAACGAGUGUAUAUUUAAUAUGAAUUGUAAAUAUAGAUAAGCACCGGGCCAUUGUAUAAGUGCGUAGUCUAUUUAAUCAAUUUUAUCAUAACGCCUUAGUUUUACACUGAACAUAAUUUUAAUCAUAGCUUUAGUUAGUUGUGUAACGAAUUGGAGAAAUGUGUGCACCCUCAGCAAUUACUGAAUAUUACAGCAAAACUAUUUUGAACCAAAACCAACACCAAUCAGUCCACGAGUUUGCUUUUUUUAUUUGUUGAAUCUCAAUCGAAUGCUAGCCUAAGUGGAACGCAAAUUGAAAGCGAAGACAUAAAGACUGCGAGCAAUAAAAUAUUGGUCCAUCGAUAUUUGGCUAAGAAUAAACCAAACUAAUUGUUUAGCAACUAAGGAAAUCAUCCGGGGCAAUAAAGAAACAUUUAAAAUCA